AUGGGUGACAACACCGAGACUACACUCGCCGGAAACGACGCCGCCAUGGACACUUCCGUGGACAAGGGCAAGGGCAAGGCCGUUGAGCGCGUGCCUGACGAUGUGGAGAUGGAGGCAGACGACAGCUCAGAGGACGAAGACGAUCUCGAGGAUGCUGUCGAUGAAGAUGAGGAGGGCGGGAACGAUAACCUCGAGCCCAUCUCGACAGACAACAUCCUGCCCAGUGGCAGACGCACGCGCGGCAAGGAGGUCAACUACGCGGAACUUGCUGCCAAGGAGAAGGAGACGGGUGACGUUGCCAUGGACGACGACGACGACGAAGACUUCAAAGCCCCUGUUGACGACGACAUGGAGCAUUAA